UUGACUUAUUUCCCUUUAUAACACGUAAUCGUUUGGAGGCACGAACAUUGGUGUGUCUGGAUUACAUUGUUAUUCUUGUAAAUUAUCCUUUAAAAACAACCAAACAGAGCAACACCAUUACUUUUGGAUUGAUAACAAAAAAUAAGAAUAUAUUACAAAGAUGUCUGUUGAAGAAUUACAGCGAAAAAUCCAUCAGCUUGAAGAAAAGUUGGCUGUUUACGAACAGCAAGAUGUCACAUCUGGUCUCAAACGAACGAAAAUCGACGUAAUGAGCUCCGAAGUCGUUGAUUCCAACCCUUACAGUCGAUUAAUGGCAUUGAAACGUAUGGGAAUUGUUGACAAUUAUGAGGAUAUUCGUAAUUUUUCCAUUGCUGUUGUUGGUGUUGGAGGUGUUGGCAGUGUGACAGCUGAAAUGUUGACAAGAUGUGGAAUUGGAAAGUUAAUUUUGUUUGACUAUGAUAAAGUAGAGCUGGCCAAUAUGAACAGGCUGUUUUACCAACCUCAUCAAGCUGGAAUGAGUAAAGUUGAAGCAGCUGAGAGAACAUUGAAAGAAAUCAAUCCUGAUGUGCAAUUUGAAGUCUUUAAUUACAACAUUACUACAAUGGACAACUUUCAACAUUUUAUGGACAAAAUUAAAACUGGUGGAAAAACUGAAAAUUCUCCUGUGGACUUAGUUCUGAGUUGUGUUGAUAAUUUCGAAGCCAGAAUGGCUAUCAAUACUGCUUGUAAUGAAUUAGGUCAAGUUUGGAUAGAGUCUGGAGUAAGUGAAAAUGCUGUGUCUGGACACAUUCAGCUUGUCAUUCCAGGAGAGACCCCAUGCUUUGCUUGUGCCCCUCCUUUGGUUGUUGCAACUAAAACUGAUGAAAAGACAUUAAAGAGAGAGGGUGUAUGUGCCGCUAGCCUUCCUACCACCAUGGCAAUUGUUGCUGGUUUCCUUGUACAGAAUACCUUAAAAUAUCUCUUGAAAUUUGGAACAGUCACUCCUUACCUUGGCUACAAUGCUCUUGAAGACUUUUUUCCAACAAUGAGUAUGAAACCAAACCCUCAGUGUGAUGAUAGAUUCUGUCUUAAACAACAAGAAGAAUAUAAGAAAAGAGAAGCUUUGAAACCAAAAGAAGUUUUACUUGAAGUAGAAGAGUCUCCAGUUGAACAUGAAGAAAAUGAAUGGAAAAUAGAACUGGUGUCUGAAACAAGUGAAGAGGAGCUGAAGGCAGCUACAGGAGACACACCAAUUCUUAGUGAAGGACUCAAGUUGGCAUAUACUGUUCCAGAUAACAACACAUCAGGAAAAGAUGCAACUGUUGAAACAUCAGGAGUUAGCAUAGACGACUUAAUGUCUCAGCUGAAGUCUAUGUAGUUGUUGUUGCUCACCACUUUAUGAUAAAUGAAAUACAAAACCUGUCCAUUGAACACCAGAACUGAUUCGAUUGUGCUGAAUACAUGGCUCUUUGAAAUGAUGUUCCAAGACCAUUCUUAAUUUCUCUGAGUUACAAUAAUUUGUAAUAUAUAUUUAUACAGUUGUGAUCAUAAUUUUAAAAUGAAUGCUACUGAGGUAUUCAUGUGUUACUAUCUACAAGUUAUGCUGUGCAUGACUUUUACAUUCCUAAACGCCAGUUUGAUGAUAACUACUAUUCUUGCCAAUUUGGAAUGCAAGCAUAAAAUGAAGAUGAUGAUCAACACCAAAACCAGUGGACAACCAAAAGGGUACCAAGGGUAUCUUUCUGACUAUACGCACGCAUACAUGUAUAUGUGCUUAUUCGAAAAUAUUUUCUUCAAUUUAUAACGUAAGUUAUUUAACUAAUUUAUAAAAUUGGAAGAGGGUGAAGAAUCAGUUGGACUUGAGAAAAUAUCCAACUGAAAAUUAUGCUUCUGUAUUCCUGCAUUAACUAAUGAAAAAACCUGGGCAACAGGUCUUGUCUAAAAACUUGCUGUCAUGGUUGUAUCAACCUGUA